UUAAAAAAGCAUUAAAGCAAACCUCAAAAAGGAAAAAAGAAAAAGGAAGAGUGAGACUGAGAACACCAAUAGGUUAAAAGAGUAAAGGUAUCAAUGUUCUUCACGCUGAGCACUUCACCUGUUAAUCUCCUCUCCAUCGAGUAUACCAUCCUUGAAUGUCUUCAACUUUGGCCACACAAUUCUUGGAAUUUCAGGUAUAGAAAUGGAAGAAAGAAAGUGGGAGGAUUUAGAGUUUUACUGCUUAGUGAAUGUGCUGGGAAGGGUGGGCAUGAAAUCACUUCUAUUAGAUGUCCCUUUCGUGUGCAAGUCAUGGUACAAAGCCAGCCUUGAUCCUUCGUGUUGGAAGUAUCUUGUUUUCCCUAAAGAUUUGGACUCAGAACUGGAUUUUACCUUGAUUGAUAGAUUUAAGGAAAAAUAUAAAAUUGAAAACUGUUCUGUGGAUGCAUUUACCAAAUUUGCUGUUGGUCGUAGCCAUGGGAAUUGCACUGGUCUUUAUCUUCCAAAUGGCUGUACAGAAGAAGUUGCAAAGUACGUUGCAGAUGAGUGUCCUGCCUUGAUAACUCUGUCAUUGCCCUAUGAUAGUAUACGCUGUGAAUCAUCCAUUGUUCCAUCCCUCAUAGGGAAGUGGGAACAUUUGGAGAAUUUGUGGCUCGGAAGUUCUGAAAAUUUGGUAAAUAUAAUAACCCAAAUCAGCCUUGCCUGCAAUAAAUUUUCUGGCCUGCGGAUAUCAUCUGCAAUCAUUCAGGAAGAAGAGGCAUCGGCAAUUGUCACUAAUCUUCCAAAUAUAAAGUUCCUGCUUCUCAGGGGGGCCCGGAUCUAUUUCGAGAAUCUAGUGAUAAUAUUGCAAGGAUGCAAAAACCUUGUACAUUUAGAUGUACGCGACUGCUUAGGUUUUGACUCCGAUGAUGAAGCGGUACUGGAGCUCGCUUCGAAUAUCAAGACAUUCAAUUGUGAAGGUUCAACGCUGCACGAUUACGAUGACGGUGUAAUUGACCAUGACGACCUUGUUUAUGAUGGUUACAUUUCAAAUUGAAGAUGGUGUUCAGUUACGGGACCGGUGCUGCUCAUGAUCACCUCUACUAUAUUUUUGCUGCUUGUGUGCCUGAGGCUUGGAUGACAUUAGUUUUUUGCAUGUGGCAUUUGUUGCGUUGUGUGCCUCUAUUUUGUGGAUGUAUAUGCUAUGAUUUACCUGUUUCCUUGAGUUUUCGAAUCUUCUUUUUAAUAUUGCAUUUAUUAAAUUUC